GUGGUGUUGCAGCACCAAAGUCCUGACUCCUGGAUAGAUCCAAAAAGGCAAACAAAAAAGAGGAGUGGAAACAAACCAGUAGCGUCAACUGUGACCUGAGCCAAGGCAAUGUCAUCACUGGUGAAGGAGGAUCUCAACAAGAAGCUGUUCAGAACACUUGGGCAAAGCUUGUAUGAGUUCAUUGAAGUUGAGUGUUCGGGCCAAGACCGCUUCUACCUCUGUGCUUCAGUGACAAAAGGCGAAGAAGUGCAAAUAUCAAUGGUAAAACACUUUAGAAUAGGUCUUGAUGAGAAAUAUGAAAUCUCUGAAAAAUGGUUUCUUGAUGAUUUGGAGAUGAUUGAUGGGAAAGAGGCUGAUGCUGAUAAUCCAUGGUUUGAUAUGCAUUUCAAGCAAGUCUACAGUUGGGAAGCUUACAGCUGUGCCUCUAAAUAUGCUUUUGCACGAACUUUAAACAGGUUGAAUGAGAUGUACCUUCACAAGGACCUUAAGAUUGUGAACUUUGAUUUCACCUACAUCAAUGAUGAGGCACUCUGGUCAUCCAGCAAUGGGGACUGCGUAGUACUUAUGAGGAUCUGCUUCUAUGCAUCCAACCUUUUGUGUCUGUCUCUUUGCCCAUUGCCUGUGUGA